CUCCGGGUCUCGUUCUGGUCGACAGUCUGGCUCACUGGAACACGGAGAGACUGCAGCGCAUAUAGCACCAAACAAUAUCGCGUGUCGAGUUGUGCAUGGAUGCAGACAGGUGUGAGGGCAGGAGCUAGUGGAAUCUAGUGGAGUGUAUACACACACACACACAAACACACACACACACACACACACAAACCAUGGCCACUGCCAGCAGAGUGGGCUCGGGAAGAGCUGGUUGGGUGGCGUUUGCAGAUGAAGCCUUCGGGACGAGCACAGAGCAUCAAGCAGAUGUGGACAGCAGCUUGCAGAGGCCUAGCCCCGCCCCUUCUGAGAACUCUUCCAGUGUCGAGCUGUUAGCCCCUCCCCCUCAGCAGAACGCAUGGGUCUUAUUCGAAGAGAAGCCCUGGCCCAAUCCGCAGUCGCAGGUAAAAGGUACUUCUAGACACAGUGUAUGUUCCACGGCCAGUUUCUGGAGUGCCGUCCCGCCCUCAGAGAGCAGCUGGACCCAAUCAGAACCAGGCUCAGUCUGGACCACACAAUCAGGGAAGAGCUCAGUGAGCAUGGGGGCAUCAUCUUGUGAUCUUCCCUCCCUAAACGCAGAGGAACGGCACAAUGAGUCGUCAUCCCGACCCCAGUCACCCAAUUUGUCAGUGUUCCAAGAGGAUGAAGGUAUAGAGAUGGAUUCAGUCAGCUGGACUUCCAACACCAAACUCCCCGGCACCCAAUCAGAGACCCCCAUUUCCUCUGGACGCUUCUCCUCCUGGGUGACCUUCGACGAUGACGAGGAGGACAAGCCCCACCACCUGGAGCAGCCAUCCCACACACUAUUGGAUGAUCUCAGCCACUUCCAGGAUGCCAACAGUAACCUGAUUGGUUCUCCUCCCAACGUUUGGAAGCAGAAAGGGAACCAGCAGAACCAGAACCGCCACCUCCUGGACCUGACGCCAGACGGAAACCCUCCUAGAUCCCUUCUGAUUGAACCUAGAACCGCUCCCCUGCUCCCCGGUAGGACUAAACCUUACACCAAGAAGAACCCUUUCCUGUGUGAAGAGUUCAAUGACAUCCAGCCCUCUCCCAUUAACCCCUUUAGUUCCUACUUUGACUGUAAACAGGAAGUGGCAUCAGAGACGAUCCAGAGUAAUGGCUCCGCCCACCACCUGGAGAGCUCUCCCUGUGCCUUCUCCUUUAGCUCUCCUUUCUUCCAGUCUUUCAGCUCCCACAGCCAAGAGGCCAAACGAGAGUCCAUUGUCGUCUUCUCCUCCGAGUUUGAGCCCACCAGAGGAGGAGGGGAAGAGACAGUCAGCCAUGUCACUCCUCCCUUAGACAGACUAGACCUGGAUCAGCUGAGAAACCUCCAGAUCACAGACCCAGACGAUCCAGGCAGCCCUACUUUGCCUGAUGACUCAGUGGAGGAUGCGGAGGAGGCGAAGGAAGAUGGGUUGGAGGGAGAAGAUGAGGGCACCCCCUACCUCCCAGAUCACAUGACCCCCCAAGAUGGCUGGGCCAUGCUGCUCCGUAUACCAGAGAAGAAAAACAUCAUGUCGUCACGCCACUGGGGGCCUAUCUAUGUCCGUCUGUCUGACGACGGCGUACUCCAGAUGUUUUACGAGAAAGGUCUGGAAAAACCCUUCAGGACCCUGAAACUGGACCCUCGCUACGAGGCAGCUGAGCACCGCCUGCAGAAUUACGAAGAAGCCGGCCGCGUCCACACGCUCAGUGUGGACCUCGUCCAAUACCGCGAGAGGAGGCGAAUCCAGCCGAAGUCACCCGUCACCCACCAGCCAAUCCGUGAGCAGCUGGUGAAGCUGGGCACCACCUGUUACCACAAUUUCCUGAGUUUUCGUCAUGCGCUGGUGGAGGUGCUGAGGCGGUUGCCGGCAGUGACGGGUGGGGCGUUGACGGGGUCGCCCAUAGGGGCGGGGCUGACAGAGGAGGAGGUUCAGGUGGAGGUGAGGGACGAGUUCUACGGGACGGUCGCUGCGGGAGAUGGGAGGAUUCUGAAGCAGCUUGUGAUGACUCGUGUGCACGUGCUGGCCUUCCUCUCUGGGUCGGCAGGCUGCCGCCUCGGACUCAAUGAUGUGCAGGUCAAAGGUAAGGAGGUGGUCUCCAGACACGACAUCAUCCCCAACACUACCACCCGCUGGAUCCGCUUACGUGACUGCGAGCUUCAUGACGAACACGCAGACGAACUAGAGUUCCUGUCGUCACGCCAAGUUGUCUUCACACCGCCACCCUGCCGGCGCUUCCAGCUGCUCGCCUUCCGCACGGCCUUCGCUGAGAAAACCCUCCCCUUCACGCUGCGCACUGUUGCCUCCGUCCGCGGCGCCGAGGUCACCCUGCAGUCCUGGCUGCUGAUGUCACAGGGGUUCUCGUCCAAUCGGGACACGUUGAACCUCAUCCCCUGCGAGAAUGUGGCGAUCCGCUACCCCAUCCCUGAGAUUUGGGCCAAGAACUUCCGUCGGGACGGGGUGAUGGGGGAGAGGUCACUGAAGGCGAGGUUCAACAAGGGUGCCAGCUUCGGCACGGCGAGUACUUCCGGGUCAGAGCCAGUGAUGAGGGUGACCCUUGGCACGGCCAAGUAUGAACAGGCUUUUAAAGCUGUGGUGUGGAGGCUCAGCCGCCUGCCUGACAAAAACUCUGCGUUGGGUCACCCGCACACCUUCUUCUGUCGUUUGGAGCUGGGUUCGGACCGGGAGGUGCCAACCUCGCUGCAGAGCCACCUGGAGGUCGAGUUUGACAUGCCCGCAGCCUCUGCCUCCAAAGCCACCGUCCGCUCCCUCUCUGUAGAGGACAGGGCAGACGCCAAGAAGUGGAUCAACUACAAAUCUCACUACUCCUACCAGGUGCCUAUAGAACAGAAGACAGGUGGCCUCUCAGAGAGCAGCAGCCCUACACUGGACCAGGACCAGCCUGGAGAAUGUGCACAGCAGUGAACACACACACAGACAGACGGAUGUAGGGAGGGUGGGAGGAUUUGAUGACUGCUUUUUUCACAGGAGAAGGGAGAAAAGUCACUUUUUGCACUUUGAAGAACUGUACCGGAGGACUAGUUGGCUGAUGUUUGUGCAUAGAUUGGAUGUAGACUGAAUGUACACUGGACAUAACUGAUUCUCGAUAGGACAUCAACUUGACAUAGAAUGGGUCUAGUGGUCGUAGACUGGACAUAGACUAGAUCUACACUAGACCAACUGGUUAUAGACGGGUCGUGGACUGGUAUGACUAGAUGUACUGCCACCGGACAAUUUAUUAGGUACACCACCACGAAAAUGGAUUGCUCCUACAGACAGUGAGGAACGUGGCCAUGGCUUGCUAUAUAAAGCAGGCAUUGAGGCAUUCAGUUACUGUUCAGUUGAUUUUUAGAAUGGGCAAAACAAGUGACCUAAGCAACUUUGAGUGUAUUAUGAUCGACGGUGCCAGGCGCGCCGGUUCCAGUAUCUCAGAAACGUCCAGCCUCCUGGGCUUUUCACGCACAACAGUAUCUAGGGUUUACAGAGAAUGAGGCGACAAACAAAAAACAUCCAGUCAGCAGCAGUCCUAUGGGCAAAAACAGCUUGUUGAUCAAAGAGUUUGAAGGAAUCAGCAAGAAUUGUGCAAGUUAACAGGCGGGCCACAAUCAGGCAAAUAACGGCGCAGUACAACAGCAGUGAGCAGAACGGCAUCUCGGAACGCACAACCUGUCAGUCCUUGUCAUGGAUGGGCUAUUGCAGCAGACGACCACACCGGGUUCCACUCCUAUCAGCCUAAAACAAGAGGAAUCCACUCCAGUGGGCAAGCAAUCACCAACACUGGACAGUUGAGGAGUGGAAAAUCAUUACCUGGAACAUGACAGUGAGUUCAGUUUACUUGAGUGGCCUAGUCAGUCCCCAGACCUCAACCCAAUAGAGCAUCUUUGGGAUGAGAUGGAACGGACCGUUCACAUCAUGAAUAUACCGCCAUCCAAUCUGCAGCAACUGCGUGAUGCCAUCGCGUCCACAUGGACCAACAUCCCUGUGGAAUGUUUCCGAGACCUUGUAGAAUUCCCCAAAUAAUUCAGGCUGUUCUGGAGGCAAAGGGGGGUCCGACCCGGUACUAUAAGGGUGUACCUAAUAAACUGGUCGGUGAGUGUAGAUUCUGCUUUGUUGUAGACUAGAUAUAAACUGGACUAAACUGAUUGUAGAAUGGAAAUGACUAGAUGUAAACUGGAAAUACUCUACUUAAACUAGUCAAAGACUGGAUAUGACUAGAUGUAAACUGGAUAUAGACUAGUUGUAGACUAGGGAAACGCAUUAGACUGCAGGCUAGUUAAGGAUCUUGCUUUGUUCUUUUGUUUAUUUUCUUAAAAAUGCUGAUUUGGGCAGACUAGUCUUACUGAGGGAGAGCUAUUAGUUUUAUAUGAUGAUUCAUUUAUUGUGAGUGGAUCGGCUUGGCCUUGUGGUCUUACCCCAUUGGGGUACAGCAAGGGCAACGUUACAGAUCGUUCAGAUAGAAAUGCAUUGCGCAGAACAGAUGAUUGUCUGUGAGAGUCAAAUAUUGCGGUAUGAUGGGGAUUAGUCUGACAUUGUAAAGCCUGGCAUUUCAGUAAACCAGGACAUUGAGAUAAGUGAAAUAAGUGCCAGGAGUACAGUCAUUACAGUCUUAGUGGAUUUCAUGCACUCUUGAGGCUAAUCGAAGCACUAGCUAAUGUUCUUCUACAGUACGUGUUUGCUUCAGUGUUCAUUGACCUUCCACACAAUUCUCAAUCAAUAGAUUUAAGAGGCUUACAUUAGUUUACAUAGACAAAAUGGCUCUUCAAUAUGCCACCUAGAUAAAAAAAAAAAUGUUUUUAUUUUUUUUAUUCCCCCCCAGUGUCAGUGUUGGUUCAGUAUUCGACUGAAUGCUCUUGUGUUAGGUAAGCAUAAAGGUAAGCAUAAAUGCUUUCUGCUUUUCUCUCUCGCAAAUUUGAAUGUUCUUCCAAAAGGUCUUACAGGUACUUCGGUCCUGUCAUUUCACAUAGUCGUCUUAACCAGUCUUUCCGUGAGUUAACAACAGUCAAUACUGCAAUUGGUGAUGAUGAUGAUGCAGAGUUCUAAUACGCUAAUGACAACAUACUGUAGUUUGGCUAUUUUGGCUGUACUUGGAAACUGCAGCAUUUUAUUUUUAAAUACCUUUUUUUGUUUUUAUAAGUGUGCUUUACAUGUACAAUGUGCAUCCAUCCAUAUUACUAACAUUGACUCAAUGUGAACAAGAUACUGUAUGUACAAAACAUAACUAUAUUCUGCAAUGGACAUCAUCUGCAGGUCUAAACACUGAUGUCCACUUUUUUCUAGCUGCUCCGUUGUGUAGUUGGUCACAAUUGUAGGUUACUGUUGUCGUUCAGUUGGUACAUUUUGUGCAAAAAAAUGCUUCUUUAUGAAAAUGGCCCUUACUUGAAGCAUCUCAAAACAUCCCUUAGCAGAGGGAAUUUUGUUCUCAACAGCGCAAUAAAUCAAACUCAACAAAUGUACUGAUAAGGGGGGGGGGGGGGGGUGUUGUUGUUUAGGACAAUGCACAAUGUGUUCUUGUAGCGAGGAAACAUGAAAUAAUUAAUUGUAAUUAUAUGAAUAGUUUAUAUAUUUUUUCUUCUAGAUGAUUAACAAGUUUUUAAUGUAAAAUUUAUUUUGUCAAGUGAGUGGAAUGUUAGAAAAUAGGUCUUAACGGGAUCUGGGUUACCUAGUUUACCAUCUCUGAGAAAACAAAACAAAAAAACCAUGGAAAUGGGUAAAUCCAGAUCUGGAUGGGAAACUAGUCCAGAAAAUUAUAUACAAUAGAACAUUUGAAUAAUUUGAAAAGAUGUUUUCAACCUCAAGAUAUCUCGACCUCAUUUGAUUUUCGAAGAAAAGCCUGUUGUAUAAGCCCAGUACAUUUCAAUGAUUUUCCAAGAAAACAAACAACAACAACAUUGUUAUUUUUAUUUUGUAUGACAAAACACCAUAUGACUGUGCUCUGCUUCUGUGUACCUAAAAAUAUGCAUUGUGGGUCAUGGGAUUAGUCUAUUUUGGUAACAUGGUUUUGUGUUCCGUACAUGGCAACUGUUUAUAUCAUUAGCUGCAACCUGUAAAUAAUCCAUUCUGCAACACUAGACGGAUAAGAUCUGUACCUUUGACAGAUCCAAUCGGAGUACUCAAGAAUGCUAGAGGUAUAUUUGCUGAAAAUGAUACUUUAAACUGGAAAAAGUAAUUAAAUAUAUUUUUCUCUUUUGA